CCAGUUAAUAUUCAAUCACUUUAUAUUCAGGUUCAAGUUCCACCAGCUGGGACGAGUCUCCUAGAUAGGGCUACGUCCUAAUAGACAUAUUUGCUGGGAUUAUAAACAGUAACAAUUUCUGAAUCCCACUUUUUAUUAACCACAGACAAGCGAUGACUGUGAAUAGGAGUUUUGUACAUGAGGCGUCUCAUCAGAUCAUUGCAGGCGGAUCAGCAGGUUUGGUGGAGAUAUGUCUGAUGCACCCGCUGGAUGUUGUGAAGACCAGGUUCCAAAUUCAGCGAGGAAUUGGUGACCCAAACAGCUAUAAAGGCCUGGGGGACUGUUUCAGAACCAUAUUUCACAAAGAGGGAAUGUAUGGGUUUUACAAGGGAAUCCUGCCACCAAUACUAGCCGAGACGCCAAAGAGAGCGGUUAAGUUUUUCACCUUUGAGCAAUACAAGAAUCUGCUUAGUUAUACAACGAUAUCCCAGGGCCUGGCUCUCUCCCUGGCUGGGCUUGGCUCAGGUUUAACGGAAGCUCUGGUGGUUAAUCCAUUUGAAGUAGUGAAAGUGAGCCUUCAGGCCAACAGACAUUCCUUCAAAGUGCCAUCCACCUUCAGCCAGGCUCGAAUGAUUAUUAAUUCAGAUGGCUUUGGUCUGCGUGGGCUAAAUAAGGGCCUGACCUCCACACUGGGACGCCACGGCAUCUUCAACAUGAUCUACUUUGGCUUUUACUUCAAUGUUAAAGACAACCUUCCUGCCAGCAAGGAUCCUCGUCUGGAGUUUAUGAGAAAGUUUACUAUAGGUUUGGUGUCAGGAACUAUCUCAUCCUGUGUGAACAUCCCCUUUGACGUGGCUAAGAGCCGUAUCCAGGGUCCUCAGCCAGUCCCAGGGGAGAUAAAGUACAGGACCUGUUUCCAGACCAUGACUCUGGUGUACCGUGAAGAAGGAUGUCUUGCACUGUACAAAGGAUUAAUUCCCAAGAUCAUGAGACUUGGACCAGGAGGUGCUGUCAUGCUGCUAGUGUAUGAGUAUGUCUCCGGCUGGCUGCAAAGAAACUGGUGAUAAAAGCUGGCAAGCAGCAAACAGAUUUCACUGUGUAGGUCACAUAUACAUUCAUGCAUUAGUUAUCAAAAUUAUGCCAGUGUGUUCUAAGAUUAAAAAAUUAAUAAAAAGCUUAAUAGAAAUUACUGACUAGGAUUGGCCCUGACCCAUUUUGUAUCUCAUUACUUAUCAUACCUCGUUCUGCUCUCACUGAUUUUGAGAGAAAUUCCUUAUUGAGGUAUUUUCACCUGUGAUGCUCGGAUGUCAUGGGAAGUUACACACUAGUACUAUAACCACGGUUGUGCUUCGCACCCAAACAAAGACUGCAGUCUUUUACACUCACCACUAGCAGGAAAUGGGAGCAGAUUCGGCUUACUUUAAAACAAGUUUAAGACUCUUGUGUCUUUCUAUUGGAAGCUUAUUUGCUCUCUGAUGGAACAGCACCAAAGAAUUGAGUUGCGCUCUGCAGUGACUUUUGUUAAUAUGUUAGUGACAAUGCAGUAUUCACUAAUUUACCAGGUCAAUACUAGUUUCUAUGUAUCAAGGCACUUCUUGUGAAAUAUGGACGAGGCAAAAAGUAUUUCACCUUUUCUGUGAUAUGUAGCAUUUACAUUGAUCUUAAUGUGUGAUGAACUUGGAAGCAAUGAUUUGCAUAUUGAAUUCAAUGUAUUUAUUUAAUAUUACAGUUGAAAUGUUUGUAUUUGUGAAUGUAGGACACUAUUUUUAAUCAUGUUUAAAACUCCAUCAUAGAUCAAUUGCAAAUAAAUCAAAUGUGAGAGUCCUAUUAUUAUUCUAAGUUUGCUUAGUGAACACACAAAAAUGAAUGAAAUUUAGACGUAAUAGGGAGAAGUCUUCACUGUAAAACAUUUAAAAAUAGUUUUAUCCUACAUGAAAAAAGUCUUUUAUCUUUCAAAACUUGAGUUCAAUAUCCAAAACUUGUCAUGACCAUUAAAGUUAAUGAGAAGACCGUUCACAUAACUAAAUCAUUUUUUACAGUGAUUUUAAAUAAUUUGUGAUGAAAUGUACAGAUGUUCAGAACAGUACUGAUAUAUAUUGUCAAGCAUGUGAUUGGCUCCAACAACAAUGCCAUUGAGCUCCUCUGUCUUUUUUUUCCUUUUAGAAUGAGUCCGUAUGUGGAACUUUAUCAUGCCAAUACUAGUAAUCAUUCAUUUGGGGAUUUUUUUCUACUUUCGUCCUUUCCAUCUCCUCUCAGAAACCUUGUUGCUGAUACUUUGUGGGUGCCUGUCAGCCAUCACAGCUGUUGCAGCUAAGAACAAGCUGUCUGUCAGCUCCUCUAGCCUGUAGGCUGAUGCAGCAUAACUCAGCUCAAGUUAAAAUAACAAAACCGUGAAAUUCACAUAUGUUGACAAAUGAAUGGACAAACUCUUUUGCUCUGUCCAUCUUUGCUCUCCACCUACUCACUGUUUUUUUGCACUUUAGGUGACUAGGACUACUUACUACAUCUUUAGAUCUGUCUUUGUUUUGUGUGGCACCAUGGUCUUGGAGAAACAUUGUCUCAUUUCAUUGUGUACUGCAACAGCUAUAUAUGGUUGAAAUGACAAUAAAAGCUUUUUGACUCUUGACUUCUUUCUCUGACAUAUACACAUGAAGGACUAUAGACACAUGUACACCCAAGACUCAGAAGGACUUUAUUAGAAAUGUUUAUGCUAUUUCUGCAAAUUCCAUUUUGAUACAUGUAUUAUUUUCAUUUUAAUGUUAAUAUGUUAUUGUCUAUAACACCAACAUAAGUGCCUUUUUUAUUGCCUCUUAUUUGUAUAUUUUUUCUGUUUUAAAUCUUUCCAAGGAAGUUGCAUUAGUAUAUUUGAUUCUUUAUAUAGCCAUAUACAGAUGUUCUAAAGUAAGUUGUCUGAAAUUACAUUUUCCCUCUGGAGAUGCCAUUGAAGCCAAAAUAAAUCAGUUAAGUAGUAAAUAUUUCUUGUAGCAUUACUGAUAAUUCCAUGGUCUCCCUGUUUCUCUCUUGUUCA